AUGGAGCAGAGAGUCAGAAUAAUGGAGCCUUUUCCGAGAGACAAACGUGGCUCGCUCGAAGUGUUCAACCCUUCGUCUUCUUACUCCACCGAGAAGCCGGUGAACUCACCGCUGCGCACUCAAUCCACGUGGAAGACGUGGAUUGACUCGCGCGCCGACGAGACACCGGAGCAGCAGCAACGCGCCGGUUCUGAUGAGGCCACCGCCACCUCGUGGAUGGCUCUCAAGGACUCCACUCCGCCGCCGCCGUCGCGGACGCUUGCCGCAGUGCUCGGCGAGCCUUCAGCGCCAGCGGAGGCCGGGACUGCUGCGAAGCGCGCCGCGGAGUGGGGUCUGGUGCUGAAGACAGACACCAAUACCGGGAAGCCGCAGGGAGUAGCGGUUCGGACCUCCGGCGGGGAUGAGCCGAGCGCGAAGGUAUCCGGUGGGUCGAGGAGAGACUCCGGCAACUCAGUUCGAAGCUCCGGGGAGUCCUCCGAUGACGGGAGGGAGUACCGGGGGGGAAUUCCGAGGGUUUCGGAGGACCUGAGGGACGCUUUGUCGGCGUUUCAACAAACUUUCGUGGUUUCGGAUGCUACCAAACCCGAUUACCCGAUAAUGUAUGCCAGUGCCGGGUUUUUCAAGAUGACGGGUUAUACGUCCAAGGAGGUCAUAGGGAGAAACUGGUAA